AUGGCAGCUCAAAAUAUUAUAGAAUUAUUAGAUUCAUCUGAUUCUGAUGAAGAGAAUUUAAUGGUGAUACAACCACCAGUAGAACCGAUGUUAGAUGAAGAUGAUGGUGAUUAUAACGAACUGCAAAUAUUUUAUGCAAUUUUUGGAGCAAUCCAAAGAAUAGAGCAUGUGAGGAUAAAUAAUUAUGUAGAAAACAUAGUCCGAAAUUAUGAUAAUAUCGAUUUUAUCAUGCACUUUCGACUAUCGAGAGAAAAAACAUUUCAACUCAUUAAUCAAUUCAGAGUAUCUGAAAUAUUUAUGUCUUUACAAGAUGCAGGACGUGUUAAAAUAACAGCAGAAAAACAUAUAUUAUGUUACCUAUGGUUUGUAGGGCAUCAAAGUGCAUCUUAUCGUGAUGUAGCUGAUCGUUUUGGAGUGACAAUAAGCGCUUUGUACAAUAUCAUAACUCGAGUAACUGAUUAUAUAAUGUUACUAGCACCUAAUAUUAUUAAAUAUCCAACGUUAGUUGAAAAAGAAGAAACUGAAACAUUUUAUAGAGAAAGAAAGGGAUUUCCUGGUAUAAUUGGUGCUAUUGAUGGUUCACACAUAAGGAUAGAUAAGCCACUCGAAGAUCCUGAUUCAUAUGUUAACCGAAAGCAAUAUUUCUCUCUACAUGUUCAAGGUACAGUGGACCAUAAAAUGAAAUUUAUGGAUGUUUUUAUAGGAUAUCCUGGUUCUGUUCACGAUGCAAGAGUGUUUAGAAAUUCCUAUUUGCGUAAUGAUCUACGUGAGUUGUGUGCAGAUAAUUACUUUUUGCUGGGAGAUAGCGCAUAUCCAUGUUUAAAGGAAUUGAUUGUCCCAUAUCGAGAUAAUGGGCAUCUGACACGUGCGCAGAGGCAUUUUAAUCGAAAACUGAGUUCCUGUCGCGUAAUUAUUGAAAAUGCAUUUGGGUGCCUCAAGCAACGGUUUCGUCAGCUCUAUCAUUUUAAAUUACGCGAUAUAAUACGUAUGGUACGCGUAAUACAUGCGUGUUGCAUACUUCAUAAUAUAGCAAAUGAGCAAGAUUUACAAUAUCUUGAACCAGCUAUAGAUGAUGAAUAUCCCGACAGAGAAGCACAAAACUUAAAUAUUAAUAUUGAUGAAGCAGCACCCGCAGCACGAGAAAAUGAAACUGGCGUACACAUUCGAGAUGAUUUAUGUCGUUUGUUGUCUCCUUAACAAAGUAUAAUAAGACUGUUCAUUGUAUUGUAUAUUUUUUAUAAAAAAUAUAUAGAAAUAAGAAUGAAAAGACUUGUAAGGAGUAUACAAUUAUUUAUUACAAAAUAAAUAUUUUGUUACAUGUGA